CUGUCAGAUACCGACUAGCAACCACACCGAUCUACCGAGAUCAGAAGUUCGUAUUUCGGGUACGCUGGUCGACGUCACGUCCUAUUUAAUGUUAGUUGUUACAGCGUAGCUGCACCGUUGUCUAUAGAAAUAUAGAUCUGCGACAUUGGAGCGACCAGGAUGGAGUGGCAGCCAGAUGAACAGGGUCUGCAGCAAGUGCUUCAGCUACUCAAGGACUCCCAGUCCCCGGACACAGCAACACAGCGAGCAGUGCAAGAAAAACUGGAGCAACUCAAUCAGUUUCCGGAUUUCAACAACUAUCUCAUCUUUGUCCUCACGAGCCUCAAAUCUGAGGAUGAGCCCACUCGCUCUUUGAGCGGUCUGAUACUGAAGAACAACGUAAAGGCUCACUACCUGAACUUCCCUCCCAAUGUGGGUGACUUCAUCAAACGAGAAUGCCUCAAUAACAUCGGGGACCCCUCACCGCUUAUCAGAGCCACGAUCGGUAUCCUGAUCACAACCAUAGCAUCUAAAGGAGAGCUGCAGACCUGGCCAGAACUGUUGCCUCAGCUUUGUAAUCUGCUCAACUCUGACGACUAUAACACAUGCGAGGGUUCUUUUGGAGCACUGCAGAAAAUCUGCGAGGACUCGUCUGAGUUGUUGGAUAGCGAUGCUCUGAACAGACCUCUUAACAUCAUGAUCCCCAAAUUCCUCCAGUUUUUCAAACACUGCAGCCCCAAGAUCAGGUCCCAUGCUAUAGCGUGUGUGAACCAGUUCAUCAUUGGUCGAGCUCAGGCUCUGAUGGAUAACAUAGACACCUUCAUUGAGAGUCUGUUUGCACUGGCAGGUGAUGAGGACAGUGAGGUGCGGAAGAAUGUGUGCAGGGCUCUUGUCAUGCUGCUUGAAGUCCGCAUCGAUCGCCUCAUUCCGCACAUGCACAGCAUCAUCCAGUACAUGCUUCAGCGCACGCAGGACCCGGACGAGAACGUGGCUCUGGAAGCCUGUGAGUUCUGGCUGACUCUGGCUGAACAACCCAUCUGCAAAGAGGCCCUCUCUGGCCACUUGGUCCAACUGAUUCCUAUCUUAGUGAAUGGGAUGAAAUACUCUGAGAUUGACAUCAUUCUUCUUAAGGGCGACGUUGAAGAGGAUGAGGCGGUUCCAGACAGUGAGCAAGAUAUCAAACCUCGCUUCCACAAAUCCCGCACUGUCACGCUGCAGCACGAAGGAGGGGAGGGCGAGGAGGGGGAGGACAUUGAUGAAGACGAGGAUGAUGAUGAUGAUACGCUGUCUGACUGGAACCUGCGUAAGUGUUCGGCGGCAGCUCUGGACGUCCUUGCCAACGUGUUUCGUGAGGAAUUGCUUCCCCAUCUCCUCCCCCUGCUAAAAGGCCUGCUCUUCCACCCUGACUGGGUCAUCAAGGAGUCUGGCAUCCUUGUCCUGGGGGCUAUCGCAGAGGGGUGCAUGCAGGGCAUGGUACCUUACCUACCUGAGCUCAUCCCCCACCUCAUUCAGUGUUUGUGUGACAAGAAAGCUCUGGUCCGCUCCAUCGCCUGCUGGACCCUGAGCCGCUACGCCCACUGGGUGGUCAGUCAGCCCCCUGAUGCCCACCUCAAACCCCUCAUGACCGAGCUGCUCAAACGCAUCCUGGAUGGAAAUAAGAGAGUGCAGGAGGCGGCAUGCAGUGCAUUUGCCACCCUGGAGGAGGAGGCGUGUACAGAGCUGGUGCCUUAUCUGAGCUUCAUCCUGGACACGCUGGUUUUUGCUUUUGGAAAGUAUCAGCACAAGAACCUGCUCAUUCUCUACGAUGCCAUCGGAACACUGGCAGACUCUGUGGGACACCAUCUCAACCAGCCUGAGUACAUUCAGAAGCUGAUGCCUCCACUGAUAGCCAAGUGGAACGAGCUGAAAGAUGAGGACAAAGACCUCUUCCCUCUGCUUGAGUGCCUGUCUUCUGUUGCCACGGCACUGCAGAGCGGCUUCCUCCCCUAUUGCGAGCCUGUUUACCAGCGCUGUGUCACCCUGGUCCAGAAGACGCUGGCUCAGGCCAUGAUGUACAGUCAGCAGCCAGACCAGUAUGAGGCACCCGACAAGGACUUCAUGAUCGUGGCUCUGGAUCUUUUAAGUGGCCUGGCCGAGGGACUUGGGGGCCACGUGGACACACUCGUGGCUCGCAGUAACAUCAUGACUCUGCUUUUCCAGUGCAUGCAGUCCCAGGAUACGAUGCCUGAAGUAAGACAGAGUUCGUUUGCUCUACUGGGUGACCUCACCAAGGCUUGCUUCCCGCAUGUCAAACCAUGUAUUGCUGAAUUCAUGCCGAUCCUUGGGACAAACCUGAACCCAGAGUUCAUCUCUGUCUGCAACAACGCAACCUGGGCCAUUGGAGAGAUCUGUAUGCAGAUGGGAGUGGAGAUGCAGCCGUACAUUGCUAUGGUUCUAAACCAGCUGGUUGAGAUUAUCAAUAGGCCCAACACACCAAAGACCCUGCUGGAGAACACGGCCAUCACCAUCGGUCGACUGGGCUAUGUGUGCCCUCAGGAGGUUGCGGCCAUGCUGCCGCAGUUUAUCCGACCUUGGUGCACGUCUCUGCGAAACAUCCGAGACAAUGAGGAGAAAGACUCCGCCUUCCGAGGGAUUUGCAUGAUGAUCGGUGUGAACCCAGGUGGUGUGGUGCAGGACUUCAUCUUCUUCUGUGAUGCGGUGGCCUCCUGGGUGAAUCCGAAAGAUGAUCUGAGAGACAUGUUCUACAAGAUCCUGCAUGGUUUUAAGGAGCAGGUUGGGGAGGAGAACUGGCAGCAGUUCUCAGAGCAGUUCCCCCCACUGCUAAAGGAGAGACUGGCAGCCUGUUACGGCGUUUAGAUUCUCUACACCCACCCAAAAGGUGAGCCAGCAGGAGGAGGGUGAAUGGGAAACUCAUCCAUCUGUGUAUUGCACUGCCCUGAUCUGGGGGGAGGGAGAGGGACGCUAUUGGCCGCUCCCCCUGACGGACGGCCCCCACGCCCUAUGUGUUUGUCCAUAGAGGGAGGGUGGGCGGGUGGGAUGGGAGGGACAGGGGGACACCUCUAGAUUAACUAGGCAGGGACCCGACACAGAAAAAAAACUAACUGUUAGGGACAGAUAGAGAGGGACAGCAAGAAGGACACGGAGGAGAGAUAGACAAGUUGGGAUAGAGGGAGUCAGGGAAAGAGACCAGCACAGAGAAAGAUCAGGGAAAGAGAGGGAGGGAACUCAAUAAGAAGGCAGGGAACAAUAAAAGAGCUUCAGAGCGGCCUUUUACUUGGCUGGGGAAAUAGGGACAGUGGAGAUUUGAACGGGAUCCCGAAGUGUAAGAGUAACCAAUAGCUUGACCGACAGGGACAGACCAACGUACACGGACUCACACAUACAGUACACUUGCACAUGCUGUACAUGGAACUGACUGUGGGUGGCACUAUAAUUUAGACUUUUUUGAGACCUACUACAUGUAGUUAGGGACAGACAGAUGGGUGUCUCUGUUAAUUUUCUGGGUGAUAUCUUUUUCCGGGGAAUAGGAUUCGAUACGAAUUCACUUCAUCUGUAGUCACUGAAUUCUACUAUAAUCUCGCUAUCUGCAUCUAUGUUUCCUACCUUCAUUUUUGACCAGAGUGCUGCUUCACAGAACUAUCCAUCGAUCAGACAUAUUCCUGUCACAUUUUCUACCUGAUCAAACGAGAGAGCGGGGAAAGAGAAAAUAAGAGCACGUUUCUUUCCUCGUAGCUUCGCAGAAACCAUUCCUCUUGGAAGGGAGGAUUAGGGCUAACACAUUUGUUUUCUCAACAGAGGGGACAAAAUCUUAAAAAUGAUAAAUCACAUCUUUAUUUGACUCUUUGAGGUUUUGUGCGUGUGUGCGCGGGCACACAGUGGGGCGUAAAGGUCUUGAGACCACUUUCCCUUCAGACUUUUGGACCCCACUGUGUGUGUGCGCAUGUGUGUGAGUGAGAGCGUGUGUGUGUGUGUGUGUUGGUGUAUGCAUGCGUGUGUGUGCAUGUGCAGUUUGUAAAUUCUUACUCCGGCAUUCUGUGUUAACGGUGAAAUAUGUAUUGUUUUUGAUUAUGGUACCAAGCUAAAAACUUGACUCCCACCACAAUGUCCUUGGCACCUGUUAACUGUGACCAAGAGUUUGUUUGUUUGUGCGUGUGCGUAUGUCGCAAGAGUGUGUGUUUAUAUGUCUGCAUUCGUACUGAUAUCCAUUUGAUGCCAUAUUGAUAUCUUAAGUAAAACAGUGAUUGGCAAUGUCAUUGUGAUCCUUCUAAUGUUUUAAAACUGGUCCAUUUAUUUUUAUUUUUUAAAUUUUUGCUGCUACUGAUGAUUUUUGUUUCUAUAGUGGACUUAAAUUCGCACAAUUAACGAAAAAAAAAGAAGUUUUGAAUUAAUGGUAUUUUUCAGUGAUGUUUCAGUUGUUUUUUUGCACUUUUAAUUUUAUUUGACCUUUUUUAUUUCUUUUCUUUUUUUUGUAUGGACAUUUUUUUUUAACCUCACCCAUGUAAUGUGUCUUGACCCUAAUGUCAGUGUUUGUCAUACUGUGUUGCACUGUGAAAUUAAGUGUCUUUGACUGGCAAAAAUAUCCCAAUACUAAAUGGCAAAUAAAAACAACUUUGUGAAA